GGGGCCGCGCGCCCGCACUCCGAGCCCCGAGCGCCGCCGCGCAGGUCGGAUCCGCGCCGCAGCGGCCGGAGAUGCAGCGGGGCGCCGCCCUGUGCCUGCGCCUGUGGCUCUGCCUGGGACUCCUCGAGCGCGAGCGCGGCCUGGCAACUGGCUACUCCAUGACCCCCCCGACCCUGAACAUCACAGAGGAGACACACGUUAUUGACUCCAGUGACAGCCUGUCCAUCUCCUGCAGGGGGCAGCACCCCCUCGAGUGGGCCUGGCCCGGGGCCCAGGAGGCACCAGCCCCCGGAGAGAAGGACGGCGAGGACACAGGGGUGGUGCGGGACUGCGAGGGCACAGACGCCAGGCCCUACUGCAAAGCACUCCUGCUGCCCGAGGCCCAUGCCAACAACACGGGCAGCUACCACUGUUACUACAAGUACAUCAAGGCGCGCAUCGAGGGCACCACGGCGGCCAGCACCUACGUGUUUGUGAGAGACCCAGAGCAGCCAUUCAUCAACAAGGCGGACACGCUCCUGGUCAAUAGGAAGGACGCCAUGUGGGUGCCCUGCCUGGUGUCCAUUCCCGGCCUCAACGUCACGCUGCGCUCGCAAAGCUCGGUGCUGCAGCCUGAUGGACAGGAGGUGGUGUGGGACGACCGUCGGGGCAUGCGGGUGCCCACGCCACUGCUGCGCGACGCCCUGUACCUGCAGUGCGAGACCACCUGGGGUGGCCAGGCCUUCCUAUCCAGCCCCUUCCUCGUGCACAUCACAGGCAAUGAGCUCUAUGACAUCCAGCUGUUCCCCAAGAAGUCCCUGGAGCUGCUUGUCGGGGAGAAGCUGGUCCUGAACUGCACAGUGUGGGCCGAGUUCAACUCAGGCGUCACCUUUGACUGGGACUAUCCGGGGAAGCAGGCAGAGCGGGGCAGGUGGGUGCCGGAGCGGCGCUCCCAGCAGACUCACACCGAGCUCUCCAGCAUCCUGACCAUCCACAACGUCAGCCAGUAUGACCUAGGCCCCUAUGUGUGCGAGGCCAACAAUGGCAUCCAGCGAUUCCGGGAGAGCACCGAGGUCAUUGUGCACGAAAAGCCCUUCAUCAGCGUCGAGUGGCUCAAGGGUCCCGUCCUAGAGGCCACGGCAGGAGACGAGCUGGUGAAGCUGCCUGUGAAGCUGGCAGCGUAUCCUCCGCCGGAGUUCCAAUGGUACAAGGACAGAAAGGCAGUCCCCGGGCGCCACAGUCCACACGCCCUGGUGCUGAAGGAGGUGACUGAGGCCAGUGCUGGCAUCUACACCCUCACCCUUUGGAACUCUGCGGCCGGCCUGCGGCACAACAUCAGCCUGGAGCUGGUGGUGAAUGUGCCCCCCCACAUCCACGAGAAGGAGGCCUCCUCCCCCAGCAUCUACUCCCGCCACAGCCGCCAGGCCCUCACCUGCACUGCGCACGGCGUGCCCCCUCCUCUCAGUGUCCAGUGGCACUGGCGGCCCUGGACACCCUGCAAGACCUUCACCCAGCGCAGCCUCCGGCGGCAGCCACGAGACCGCAUGCCACAGUGCCGGGACUGGAGGGAGGUGACCACGCAGGGUGCUGUGAACCCUAUUGAAAGCCUGGACACUUGGACAGAGUUUGUGGAGGGAAAGAAUAAGACGGUGAGCAAGCUGGUGAUCCAGGAUGCCAAUGUCUCCGCCAUGUACAAGUGCGUGGUCUUCAACAAAGUGGGCCAAGAUGAGCGGCUCAUCUACUUUUAUGUGACCACCAUUCCCGAUGGCUUCAGCAUAGAAUCGGAGCCAUCGGAGGAACACCUGGAGGGCCAAGCCGUGCGCCUGAGCUGCCGGGCGGACAACUACACCUACGAGCAUCCGCGCUGGUACCGCCUCAAUCUGUCCACGCUACACGACGCGCACGGGAACCCGCUGCUGCUCGACUGCAAGAACGUGCACCUAUUCGCCACGCCGCUGGCCGCCAGCCUGGAGGAGGCAGCCCCCGGGGAGCGCCACACCACACUCAGCCUCACCAUCCCCCACGUGGCGCCCGAGCACGAAGGCGACUAUGUGUGCGAAGUGCAGGACCGACGCAGCCGCGACAAGCACUGCCACAAGAAGUACCUGUCUGUGCAGGCCCUGGAAGCCCCGCGGCUCACGCAGAACUUGACCGACCUUCUGGUGAACGUGAGCGACUCCCUGGAGAUGCGGUGCCCUGUGGCGGGGGCGCACAUGCCCAGCAUCGUGUGGUACAAAGACGAGAGGCUGCUGGAGGAAGAGUCCGGAAUUGACUUGGCGGACUCGAACCAGAAGCUGAGCAUCCAGCGCGUGCGCGAGGAGGACGCGGGCCGCUAUCUGUGCAGCGUAUGCAACGCCAAGGGCUGCGUCAAUUCCUCCGCCAGCGUGGCCGUGGAAGGUUCUGAGGAUAAGGGUAGCAUGGAGCUCGCGAUCCUUGUGGGCACCGGGGUCAUCGCUGUCUUCUUCUGGUUCCUCCUCCUCCUCAUCUUCUGUAACAUAAGGAGGCCCGCCCACGCAGACAUCAAGACCGGCUACCUGUCCAUCAUCAUGGACCCGGGGGAGGUACCCCUGGAGGAGCAGUGUGAAUACCUGUCCUACGAUGCCAGCCGGUGGGAGUUCCCGCGGGAGAGGCUGCACCUCGGGAGAGUUCUCGGCCACGGGGCCUUUGGGAAGGUGGUGGAAGCCUCAGCUUUUGGAAUCAACAAGGGCAGCAGCUGUGACACUGUGGCUGUGAAAAUGCUGAAAGAGGGCGCCACUGCCAGCGAGCAUCGCGCCCUGAUGUCGGAGCUCAAAAUCCUAAUCCACAUCGGUAACCACCUCAACGUGGUCAACCUUCUCGGGGCGUGCACCAAGCCCAGCGGCCCUCUCAUGGUGAUCGUGGAGUUCUGCAAGUACGGCAAUCUCUCCAACUUCCUGCGCGCCAAAAGGGAGACCUUCAACCCCUAUGCGGAGAAAUCCCCAGAGCAGCGAAGGCGCUUCCGGGCCAUGGUGGAGGGCUCCAGGGCUGACCACAGGAGGAGGGGGAGUGGUGACAGGGCCCUCCUCUCCAGGCUCCUGAUGGUCAAAGGUGCGACUGGAUGGAACCCUCCAGUCCAAGAAGCCGAGGACCUGUGGCUGAGUCCACUGACCUUGGAAGACCUUGUCUGCUACAGCUUCCAGGUGGCCCGAGGGAUGGAGUUUCUGGCCUCCCGCAAGUGCAUCCACAGAGACCUGGCUGCUCGGAACAUCUUACUGUCAGAAAGUGAUGUGGUGAAGAUCUGUGAUUUCGGCCUGGCCCGGGACAUCUACAAAGACCCGGACUACGUGCGCAAGGGCAGUGCCCGGCUGCCCCUGAAGUGGAUGGCCCCUGAGAGCAUCUUUGACAAGGUGUACACCACCCAGAGCGACGUGUGGUCCUUCGGGGUGCUGCUCUGGGAGAUCUUCUCCCUGGGGUCCUCCCCAUAUCCCGGGGUGCAGAUCAAUGAGGAGUUCUGCCAGAGGCUGAAAGAGGGCACCCGGAUGAGGGCCCCCGAGCUGGCCACUCCCGCCAUAUGCCACAUCAUGCUGAACUGCUGGUCGGGAGACCCCAAAGAAAGGCCUGCAUUCUCAGAUCUGGUGGAGAUCCUCGGGGACCUGCUCCAGGCGGGCGGCCGGCAGGAGGAGGAGGCCUGCACAGCUGCCCGCAGCUCUCAGAGCUCAGAGGAGGGCAGCUUCAUGCAGGCGUCCACCACUGCCCUGCACGUCGCUGAGGCUGACACAGACACUGAGGACAGCCCAGCGAGCCUGCAUCGGCACAGCCUGGCCGCCAGAUACUAUAACUGUGUGUCCUUUCCGGGGUGCCUGCCCAGGGGGACUCAGAGCCAGGGUCCCUCCAGGAUGAAAACGUUUGAAGAAUUUCCCAUGACCCCAACAACCUACAAGGCCUCGGUGGAUAACCAGACAGACAGUGGGAUGGUGCUGGCCUCUGAGGAGUUCGAGCAGCUGGAGAGCAGACACAGACAAGAAGGCGGGCUCAGCAGCUGUAAAGGACCUGACCAGAAUGUGGAUGUGACCAGGGCCCACCCCAACUCCCAAGGACGGCAGCGGCAGCCGGACCCGGGCGCACAGGGAGGCCAGGUGUUCUACAACAGCGAGUAUGGGGAGCUGGCAGGGCCACACAAGGAAGGCGACAGCGCCCCAUCCACCCGUGCACCCUUCCUCACAGAUGACAGUUACUGAGGCAGCCCCAGGCAGGGCCCCCACAACCCUGGGCUCUGACAUCUAUUGGGGGCCAUGCCUGGUGGGGUUAGCAGAGGGCUGGAGGUGGGCUGGGAACUCCUCUCCUUUAGGAGUUUCCUCCUCCCUACCUAGAAGAGCAAACCCCAGGCUCCAGGGCACCCUCAGCCUCUAUCACAAUGCCUGCCCAGGGCCCUACAGACCUGGGUCCUUCUCCAGAUUCAGAUUCCAUUCAGCUCACUAUUCACAGGGGGCAGCCCUGAGCUGGGCACUCCUGUGGGGAAUGUCUCUUUGACUGCCUACCCCCACAGAGGGUGGGGAUGUGAUCCCCAUGUUCUGAGGAAGGAGUAUGAGGGUCUGAGGGUCACACAAUGAUCAUUUAGUUGUGGUCUCCUAGCCUCUGUGCCAAAUGAUGCCCCCUCUGUGUAGCCCUCCCUUCUGGUGGGGAACAGCUUUCUUCACCUGCCUCUCCAAGACUGAAGAGGGGGCACCAGAUUUCCAUCUCAAAGCAACAAAGGAGCAAUUGGUGGGGGGCCUCCCUGGAGCCGGGCAAGCAACUGACCACCUUAGGGGCAGCUGCCCUGCAGCACCGAGCCAGUUACAGCCACUUUCCCCUGAUUGCCUAGAACUAUUCAACAGAUAUUUUUUUCAUUAGAGCUUCAGAGACUAUGUGAGCUGCUGUGAAGAAUUUACUUUUCAAAACUUUGGUCUGAAGGGAGUCCAGGGAUGGGCUUUCUGAAUCUAGAUGACUUGCCUCUGAUCCAAACGGGAUGCCAUAGCUGAAGCCACCGUGAACACCUCUUCUGCGGCAGUCCCCAGCCCCACCUGCAGGGACCAGGACUGGGAGAAUCAGAGAUGCCCCAUGUGAGAAAUGCUUGUUCUUCCCUCAGGGGCCUGGAUCUGCCCCCACAGCCACUGCUCAAGUCAGAAUGGCUCUGUGAGAUGUGAGCACCGUGGGCUACCCUGAGGAAGGCUUGAGUUGGCCCAGAGGACCCACCAGCAUUGCUCUGUGCCAGGCUGCAGUCAGCAUUCCUGUGGCUCUGGGGGGCCUCUGCCCUCCCACGGGAGUGACCAAGAGCCCUCUGGGGGCUGGAGUUGUUCUGCCCAAGCCACACGGCAACCCAGCUCCGUUGCCCAGUCACACCCCACCUGGGCAGGAGAGGGACCCUCUUCCAGUUAUCGCCACGGACACUGACGCCCACCCCCACCCAUGAGAUGCUUGCGGGACAGGCGGCCGUGCAGCCAGCAGGACUUGCCCGGCAGACCCCCUCCCACCCACUGUGUGUCAGUCCUUUAGGACACAUCAAGUGCACAUGUGACUUAUAUCCUCAUCAUACCCAGGGGACUUCGUCCUCUGAUGUCACCUGACUGGGAGACUGAGGUCUCAGGUUUACCUGGUGGGCGUUCAGAGGCUGUUCCCAAUCAGAGGAGCGACCUGCGUGAUGCAGGUGCAGGCUGGGCCCACUGGCCCCUCCCACGUGCCUGCCACCUUUUGGUGUCACUCUCUCGUCACAUAACUGUGCACAUAAAAAUGUACCGGGAAAAAAGCCUGCCACACCCUUGUACACCAAGUGCCACAUCAUGUUAAAAUAUUUAACGGAAGAUAAUAAUAAAUUCAGUGCCAGUGUUUGAGUUACA